AUAUGAGUGCAAUUUCCUGUCCCCUCAGCAGUGUUAGUUUCUCUUCUUGAUGCAAGUGGACUUAUCUGGCUCCUCAGUUGACAAAAUCAUUUCCCCAAGGAACAUGGAAGCAAAGGCAUUUUAAAAAGAGAUGUCUACCUUUGUGAAAACAAAGCCUUAUGUAUUCAUGUUUGUACCAAUCUCAGGAGUCUCAUGAAGGAAGAUAAACUGGGGACAAGACUGUUCGAAAGCUGAGUGAUAACCCAGUUGGUCCUCAAGAGUUCUUCGUCAGCAUUUUGUGAUAAUAAGCAUAUGGACGUCUAUUCGUUAAAAUCAACUGGCCACUACAGCUAACUACCAGGAGUCCAGAUUCUGACUUUGCACCAUUGACACCUGUGUCUAAAGUGAUCAUCCAUUCUUUAAAAGCAUUGAUGACUUAAAAUCAGAACUUUCGGAAACAAAGAAAAGUUGAAGAAAUUUUAUAAAAGUGAAUUAGAUGUUGAAAAGAAACUACAAGGCAAGACUUACCUUGCUAUCUACCUUCUAAAAACUAAUGUAAUUGCCACUUUAGAAAGGAAAAAAAAUGAAUAGCACAUGUGUUGAUGAACAGCAUGACCUGGAUCACUAUUUGUUUCCAGUUGUUUACAUCUUUGUGAUAAUAGUCAGUGUUCCAGCCAAUAUUGGAUCUCUCUGUGUGUCUUUCCUGCAAGCAAAGAAGGAAAAUGAAUUAGGAAUUUACCUCUUCAGUUUAUCACUGUCAGAUCUGCUGUAUACACUCACUCUUCCUUUGUGGAUCAAUUAUACCUGGAAUAACGACAACUGGGCUUUCUCUUCUGCCUUGUGCAAAGGGAGUGCUUUCUUCAUGUACAUGAAUUUUUACAGCAGCACAGCAUUCCUCGCCUGCAUUGCUGUUGAUAGGUACUUGGCAGUUGUCUACCCUUUGAAGUUUUUCUUCCUAAAGACAAGAAGAUUUGCAUUCAUGGUCAGCCUCUUCAUCUGGUUCUUGGAAACCAUAUUCAAUGGCAUCAUUUUGUGGGAAGAUGAGACAGCUACGGAAUAUUGUGAUGCCAAAAAGUCUAAUUUUACUCUAUGCUAUGACAAGUACCCUUUAGAGAAGUGGCAAAUUAGGUUCAACUUGUUUAGGACGUGCAUAUGUUAUGCAUUACCUUUGGUCAUCAUGAUGAUUUGCAACAAGAAAGUCUACCAAGCUGUGCAGCAUAAUAAAGCCACAGAAAGAAGUGAAAAGAAAAGAAUCAUAAAACUACUUGUUAGCAUCACAUUGACUUUUGUCUUGUGCUUUACUCCCUUUCAUGUGAUGUUGCUGAUUCGCAGCAUUUUAGAGCGUGAUGGGCAAGUAUUUGACUCCAAGUCUGGGAAGCAGACUUAUAAAAUAUAUAGAAUCACAGUUGCAUUAACAAGUUUAAACUGUGUUGCUGAUCCAAUUCUGUACUGUUUUGUAACUGAAACAGGAAGGGCUGAUAUGUGGAAUAUAUUAAAAUUCUGUACUGGGAAGCUCAAUAAAUCUCAAAGACAAAGAAAACACAUACUUUCUGUGUCUACAAAAGAUACUGUGGAGUUAGAUAUCCUGGAAUAGAACCAAGGAACUAUAUUAUUUAAGAUAUACAACAUUAUAUCAUCAAGAUUACAUUUUGAAAAGGAAAUCUAGCUGUGCAGGAACUAAGUGUUCCAAAUGAGUGAAUAUUUUAUUAUCCUCUCCAAUGGAAAUAUUUUUAAAGUGUACUAUAUUGCUCCCUGACUAUUAUUAAAUGAGUGUUAAACAGAAUUUAGUAUUUUCCUAAUGACUCAAAAUUAUUAUUAUUGAUAACAGUUGUUUUUGUAUCCUUGCUAUAAUCUCUCACAGGACUGUGUGUCUUUAAUUCAGGGAACUUUGUGUCUAGUUUUUAUGAUUUUUCUCCCUUUUUCUAUAGCUUUCAGGCUGUCAGCUAUAACUUCUCCCAGCUGUAUGUACCUGUGUCCAGCAACCCCAACUACUAAAUACUGCUUCUCAUCACUCAUUACUAAAUAUUUUUUGA